AUGAAGUUCACGACAAUCUUGUUAACCCAGGCCCUGUUGCUGGCAGUUGGCAAGGCCAGCAAGAAUGCACGCAAUGUCGAGCCAUGUGCGCAGAUCACUCAAAUGUCUUCUGAUAGUACUAGUCAGGAUCAAACAACCACUUCGCUUCCAUACGAGCUAGCAUACCAAUGCCUCAUGUCUAUGCCGUUCGAUACAAAUCGUGCAAGUAUCUUUCUGAAUCAAGUUCGCAAAAUCCUGGAGUUCCAAUCCACGAUUGACAUCCUCAAGCAGCCCCCUUCAGGUUACCAAAUGCCAGCCACAGAUAUUCUGGGUGGAAUUGAUUCUAUCAUAGACAAAGUCAACAACACCAGCUACUCCAGUCAGUUUGAGAUGGAUUUAGACAUUUCGAAUGUGAUAAACUCGGCACAUGAUGGCCAUUUGGUGUUUACCCUGUGCUCACAGGCAAUAUUCAACUUUGAAAUUGAUCUACCUAUUGUAUCUAUAUCGUCAGAUGGACUUUCACUUCCAGAUGUGUACACGCUGAGUGAUGCAAUGCACCAGUCAAAUGACGUGAAAACUGUUUCACCUAUUGAGACAAUAAAUGGGACUGCUGUUGCGGAAUAUCUCGAGUCAUAUGCCUUCAGCCAAAGUCUACAAGAUCAGGACGCCCAGUACAACCGUGUCUUCCCUGCGCUAGCUCGCAGUGUUACAAAUACACCGAUAAGUCCAAACGGUAUAUGGGCUACCAACGGAGCUUGGACUGAGGGCUCUGAGCUCCCUAUCAAGUACUCAAAUGGCACCACUCAGACCGUGAAAAAGACAGCGAUCCCCGUGGAACGAUACUUCACCUACGACAGUGGAACAGAACUAUAUAGCAUCCACUGUCUUCCGCAAUCCCUAUCAACAGAGACUUCCUCAGACUCCACUGCCGGUGCAGAGCAGGCAUCCGAAGUAGCUGGUUUUCCCGACCCUACAUUGGGCGAUGCUAGCUCAAUAGCUGGGUAUUUCUCGAAUUUGACGGGUCUGGAAGAUACGGCAAUCAUGUUUCUGCCUACUUUCGCUGGCAAUCCAUCCCAAAUGGCACAGGUAGCCAUCAACUUUCUGAAGAAUGCCACUGCAGAGGGGAAGACGAAAGUCCUUAUCGAUGUCACCGGUAACCCAGGAGGGUACAUGUCAACAGGAAUAGACAUGUCUCGAAUCUUCUUCCCCGAGUCUACUCCGUACACUGCAACACGAUUCAGAGCCCACGAGACUGCGAGGUAUUUGACUCAGGCAUAUUCUCGCGACUAUACGGACGAUUCGAGCAACAUCUUUGCCUACAAAGAAACAGUUAUGCCAAACCAGACAACCAGUUUUUCAUCUUGGCAAGAUCUCUAUGGACCUCAUGAUAUCCUAGAUAGCUCUUCGUCUAGUCUGCUCGCCAACUUCAACUACACAUCCAGCUCCACAAAGGUAUACCCGAUUAAUGGUUAUGGAUCCAUUCCACUUAACCCUUCAAAGGCUCUCUUCUCCGCUGAGAACAUUGCCAUUAUGACAGACGGCGACUGUGUCUCUACCUGUGCCUUCUUCGUCAAGCUGAUGAAACGCCAAGGCGUGCGCACCAUCGCAUUUGGCGGUCGUCCAAAAAAUGCACCCAUGCAAGGCGUCGGCGGCGUAAAGGGUGGUCAAUCACUCAGCGUCGGCUACGUAACUGGCUACAUUCAACAAGCGAAUACCUUGAUCCGCAACGCAGCUAAUACAUCUUCUCCACUUCUCACUACUUCUCAGUGGAAGGCAUUCAAUGACUCCAGUCCUAGUACUCAGGAGACUUAUGAGUGGAGCGGGAAUCUGAAUCUGAGGAAUGAGUAUGAUCCAGAGGAUGAUGAAACGCCACUGCAAUUUAUUUAUGAGGCCGCUGAGUGUCGACUUUUCUAUACUCUGGAUAACUAUUUGAAGCAGGAGACUACUUGGCAGGCGGCUGCUAAGGCCAUGUUUGGGGAUUUUGGAUGUGUGGAUGGGUCUACUGGGGGUGAAGGGAGUUUGGACUCGUAA